CCUGGUUACAUGUAACUACGGAACAUAUUUAUACUGCUGCCGUGUUGUCAACCAGUUGACAGGCAGAAAAUAGGGACUGUUUUAUUGUUUAUAUCACUUAAGCAGUAUUCAUAUCACAAUGUUUGAUGAAGCAAGCAUCUAUAACCUUAUUCCUACAGAGGAAGAGAAGAAAAUUAAACAGCCAAGGUACAAUUCAAAGUUCCGUGAUACAGUGAAACAGGAAUAUGCCUCAGGUCGAGGAGACCAUAAGACCAUGGGUCAGGCCAAGGUACCAGUCCCAACUACAGAUGAUUUCCUAAAGAAACGUUCCAAGGAUAUCAUUCUACCUAAAGAUCUUCCCCCAGAUCAACAGUUCCAUUAUCCCGAUGAAAAUAGAAGGAGGCCCCCUGUUCCAAAGGUGGAUGAUAAGCCCCUCAUGGGUCUAAAAACCUCCAAAAACUUCAUCACAACAAACGCUGUUCAAAACAUAACAUCCGUUCCCAAACAACCACAGAAGGUAUAUGUAGACACAAGAGGUGGUCACAAAAACUUGCUGGAGCCAUCUGGCUUAGAACCUGUCUAUACGAAUAAGAAGGACUUUGGAGAAACACCGAAAUACCUGACCAAAAGAAAGGAAGAAAUGAAGAAAGCACAAGAGGAAUAUGAUGCUUAUGUAGCCGAACAUUUCAGACGUGGGGCCAUGAAAUCUCUAUCUCAAGAAGAGAGGGCAGCUAUACUCAAGGGACUUAAACAAAACUGGGAAGAGAUUCAUGACCAGUAUCAAGGAUUAUCAGUGGUUCCCGACACAGCACCCAAGAAGAACAGGAAAGAACGAAUGGAGGCAGAAAUGAAACAGCUAGAAAGAGACAUUGAAACAAUUGAAAGGCACAAAAUCAUCUACAUAGCUAACUAAAAAACAGUGUUCUGUGUCUUUUGAUAUCUGAAAUUUUCUAUAUAUAUAUUAUUUUAUUGAAGACUAAAUUUAUCAAUUGAGGAAAAACUGUGAAAACUUUAGUCAAACACCAUAUAUACUUCAUGCAGAAAAUCUACAAAAUGGAUUACGUGUACUUUAAUGCUUUAAACUGGAAAAUCUGAAUUAUGUUGAAAAGCAAUUUUCUCCUCAAUAUAUUUGAACAUAUAUAUAAUACACUUGAUAUCAACUUCUCAUCAUAAUUCAGGAUUUCCUUGAAAACAGAACACAUGUGUAUUGUUAAUUUUAUGAGAUACUGAGUGCAGGAGAGAAUUCAUCAUUAUGUUCAUGUUGAAUGGAUAUAGUAAAUAAAUAAAAUCAACAGUC